CUUCCUCGUUGGUGCACUUGCCAUGUUUGCGGAAGCCUGGUUUUAGCAGCGGCUAGCUGGAAGCUUCUGACAUUAUUUUUUGUGUAUGUUGGCGCCUUUUUGUUUUAUAAUCAAACAUGAAUCUGCCAAAGGGGCCAGAUUCCUUGUGCUUCGACAAGGAUGUUUUUAUGAAGGAUGACUUUGACGUUGACCAGUUUGUGGCGGAGUGUCGAAAGCAGGUCCAGCUGGAGGAGAUGAGGGAGGACCUGGAGCUUUACUAUAAGUUGCUGAAAACGGCCAUGGUGGAGCUUAUUAACAAGGACUAUGCUGACUUUGUCAACCUCUCCACAAACCUGGUGGGGAUGGACAAAGCUCUAAAUCAGCUUUCUGUGCCUUUGGGACAGUUACGAGAGGAGGUCAUGAGUCUGCGCUCCUGUGUAAGUGAAGUGAUUCUGGCUAUAGACAACCAGCUAACCAAACAGGAAGAUCUGCAGAAAAAAAAGGUGUGUGUAUUGAGGCUGAUUCAGGUGGUGCGCUCAGUGGAGAAGAUUGAGAAGAUCCUUCACUCACAGAACUCCAAGGAAUCCAGCUCUCUGGAAACCAGCAGUCCCUUGUUAGCAGGUCACAUCCUGGAGAGGAUUGCUACAGAAUUCAACCAGCUGCAGUUCCACGCUGUACAGAGCAAAGGCAUGCCCCUGCUGGACAAAGUCAGACCUCGUAUUGCAGGGAUCACCUCAAUGCUGCAGCAGUCUCUGGAAGGCGUGCUUAUCGAGGGUCUACAAACAUCAAAUGUGGACAUGGUGCGUCACUGCCUGAGGACUUACGCCACAAUAGACAAGACUCGCGAUGCUGAAGCCCUGGUGGGACAGGUGCUGGUCAAGCCAUACAUGGACCAGGUGAUCAUUGAGGAGGUGGUGAAGUCCAGUCCAAAUGGUCUUCAGUUGAUGUACUCGAGACUGUUGGAGUUUGUUCCUCAUCACUGUAGGCUGCUUAGAGAGGUCACUGGAGGAGCCAUAUCCAGUGACAAAGCUGACAUCGUGCCAGGUUAUGAUUUCCUUGUGAACUCUGUGUGGCCGGAGAUGAUUAAAGGGAUCGAGGAGAGGUUGGCCUACCUGUUCAACCCUGGAAACCCUGACAUAUUCUAUGAGCGUUACAGUGCGAGUAUGGAGUUUGUGCGGCGGUUUGAGCGUCAGUGCAGCUCGCAGGCCAGCGUGAAGAGACUGAGAGUUCACCCCUCGUAUACCAGCUUCCACAACAAAUGGAACCUGCCUGUCUACUUUCAGCUACGAUACAAGGAAAUAGCAGGAAGUCUGGAAAAUGCCAUCAGUGACGGACUAGAGGCAGCACCAGCUGGCAGUGCAUACCACCUGCAGGUAUCUGAGGUGUUGUGGUCCUGCCUCAUGAGAUGUUGGUUAGACAGAGUUUACCUGUCACCUCUGGCCCAUCGCUUCUGGAAGCUCACGCUGCAGCUCUAUGCACGAUAUGCCAAGUUCCUUGAUGAGGUGUUGACGAAGACUCCACCCCCUGAGGUGACCAAAGAGCCAACCAGGCCCCUGCCGAGUUCGGCUUCCUCCACCUCCAGCCGAACGUCAAUGGAUGAAGGUGGCAGUGAGAGCGGGAGUCCUGCCUCCCUUUCAACCAAACAGCUGGUCUAUAUUGCAGCAGACAUCCAGAAGCUGCAGGAGCAGAUACCAGAGUUGUCAGAGAUGGUCAGACAGCGGUUAGAAGCCAUUGGAUUUAAAAACUUUGCCAUUGUUGAAGAUGCUCUAACAGACUCCAAGGCCUGUCUGUCAAGCAGCAUUCCCACUCUGAACACCAGGAUGACCCAGCAUCUGACUGAACGCAGUUGCCGCUUCCUGAAGAGUGCCUCCGAGGUUCCACGGCUUUACCGCAGGACUAAUAAGGAUCUGCCAGUACGUGCAUCAGCCUACAUGGACAACGCCUUACGUCCAUUACAUCAGUUACUGACUGACUCAACGGGACUGGUCAAACCCUCUACAGCACAAGAGUGGCUGCGAGUUGCACUGUCUGACUGCACACAGAGGUACUAUGAAACCAUCUCAGAGGUGCUGAGCUCAGUCAGAAAGAUGGAGGAGAGUCUGAAGCGUUUGAAGCAAGCCAGAAAGGGUGCGAGCACGACUACUACAGCAGGAGCAAACGGUGGACCCACAGACGACAGCAAAAUACGACUUCAACUUGCACUGGAUGUGGAAUACCUGGGGGAACAGAUCCAAAAGAUGGGUCUCCAGCCCAGUGACAUCUCCAUGUUCUCCACUCUGAUGGACCUGGUGAAAGAAGCCCGUGAGCUGGCUGAACAGAACCAGUAAAAAGUUGAGUCCAUAGUAAGUGAAACGCAUUAACACGCUGCAUUGCCUGAAGACUUGUGAUGGAAAAAAACCCCACAUUUGUCCCAGUCUGGGUCAAAGUCAUGGUCUGGUAACUGCUUAUGAUUAUCAGACCAGGAAGAAUGUAGGGCAAAAACUGACACUACUGAAAUCCUUUUGUACAAAAAUAUCUUUAUUUAAUGUAGACUUCAGAAACAUUUCAACAGCAGGAACCUGUCAGUCUUGGGACAUAUCAUGCUGUAAUUGUUGUCGGAAACAGCAAAAAAAACCUCUGUGUUUGAGACUGCAUCAUCAUUAGUUCUGCUUUCAGCACUGUGGAUUAAAGGGACUGCAUGAAAUGCUAUGCAAAAAUAUUGCACCAAUCAUUAUAUGUAGGGCCUGAAUGUUGCAUACCAAGAGUCUCAAUUGUAAACUGUAAAGAGAGAACGUCAAUCAAACAAUAUUUGUCUAAUUUCUGUUAUGUGGUGAAGGAUUCAUCUCAAAUAAACAAGUCUGUCAAUGUGUAACAUGUACAUUUUUGUUAAAAUCAAAGUUGUAUAAUUUAAUUAACACGAUUAACUUGGGAAUAAAAUAAAAGAACUUUGGAUAUAGUUUUGAAUUUGUGCAUUUUAAUAUAAAUGUCAUUAUCUAGCAACAAGUUUCCACUGCAUUCAUCUUUUUCCAACUACAAAGCCACAGGACUCUGAUUAUUGUGCACAUGCCAAAAAGUCAUUAAAUAGAUGCUACAGAUUAAUACACCAAUCAUAGUCAAACUGUGGAGUAAGGAAAAAUAAAAUUUGACUCUGAAUAACUAGUUUUAGAUUUUGUUCUGGAUUUUUCUGACCCUCAGUGUGAGUGAGUAGUACUAUACAGUAAAAACUGCUGCCACAAUGACCAUAUUCACAACCAGGCAUCAAAUAAGAUUUUUUGAUUUGCAGAUGGCUACAUAAAUAAAAUGUGGAUUCGGGGUUUUGUAAAAGAAAGUGCAUUGCUCUUAAUAUCUGCGCAGUAUUCACUGAACUGAAUUUUGAAGUUUUUGAAUCAUUUGCAGUCUGUUCUUUUAUGAGUCAUAAAGAUUUGUUUAUAUUUUGGUUUAGCUGCAAAUGUAUGUUAAUCACGACAGAAGGACCCUCCAUCAUUUGUCAAAUAAUUAAUAUGAUUGUAAUGCUCAAAUAAAUGAGAAAAACAA